AAUUGUUAAUUUGUUUGGUAAAGUGCCCAGCUUCUUUACACUCUCAAAAGCAUUUGCCACCUCUUUUCUUUGUUCUAUCUCCACACAUUUUUUUAUUAGAGGUCCCCUCUCUUUAUCUCUGUCAACAGUAGUGCUUCUACUUCCCCAUUUCUAAAGCAAAAAGAAAAAAACAACCCUAAAGUUCUCAUCUUUUUGACACUUCAGUUUCAUACUUUCAAUCUGGGAACUUUUAUGCUGUUGUUGGAAGCUGAGUAAUGGGUUUGGUCGGCCUGGCUGCAUUGAGGAAUCAUUGUUCAUUUUAAUGGCGUCAACCGCUUCUGUCAAGAGUUCACUGGAAAAGCUGAGUAAGUCAACGGGAAAUCAAGCAGUAGAACGUAAUUCUCGGACGUCAGCACCUUCUCAAGUUUCAAAGAGUGGCAAGUCUGAGAGCACAACAUUCAAAGAGCUACGAAGCAAUGAUCGAAAAGUUGCAUCUAAACAGCUUACGGCAGAAGCAGGAUCUGCCGACUUACUGGUUGAUAAGCUUAAUUCGAGCUUAUAUUUGGGAAAUCUGAAACAUGCUCCAAUUGGUGCAGUUUCCAUGCCUUGUGACACAAAGGGCUCAGAAAAUGAAACCGUCAAUGAUAGCUCAGCAUCAGCCAAAGUCAGUGAUGGGACUAGUAGCCUUGGAAAAACAAGUGGAAGUGCCAAAGUUAGUGACCGGGCUGAUUUUGUUGAGAGUGGGAAGAGCAGCAUCUGUAGGGGAAGCACAAGCACCGACGUAAGCGAUGAAAGUUGUUGCAGCAGCUUGAGCAGCAGCAUUAGUAAACCUCACAAAGCUAAUGAUUCGAGAUGGGAAGCCAUUCAAGCUAUCCGAGCUAAAGAUGGAGGGUUGGAUUUGAGACAUUUCCGGUUGCUAAAGAAGUUGGGAAGUGGUGAUAUUGGAAGCGUCUAUCUGUCGGAGUUGUGUGGAACAAAGAAUUAUUUUGCCAUGAAAGUUAUGGAUAAAGCAUCAUUAGCUGGCCGUAAGAAAUUGCUGCGUGCUCAAACGGAGAGAGAGAUAUUGCAGUCCUUGGACCAUCCAUUUCUGCCUACGUUAUAUACCCAUUUUGAGACAGAAAAGUUUUCAUGUCUAGUAAUGGAGUUUUGCCCGGGAGGUGACUUGCAUACACUUCGGCAAAGGCAACCUGGAAAGCAUUUCUCUGAACAAGCUGUGAAAUUCUAUGUCGCAGAGAUCCUCCUUGCUAUGGAAUACCUCCAUAUGCUUGGCAUUGUCUACCGCGACCUCAAGCCAGAAAAUGUGCUUGUUCGAGAAGAUGGACACAUAAUGCUAUCUGAUUUUGAUCUCUCCCUUCGCUGUGUUGUGAGUCCGACACUUGUCAAGUUGUCAUCUCUUGACGCGGAGCCACUCCGGAAGAAUUCUGGUUACUGUGUACAACCAGCAUGCAUUGAGCCCUCCUGUAUCCAGCCAUCAUGUGCUGUCCCUACAACAUGUUUUGGUCCUCGCUUCUUUUCUAGUAAGUCGAAGAAAGAAAAGAAAUCUAAAUACGAUACAGGGAACCAAGUUAGCCCAUUACCAGAACUUAUGGCUGAACCUACUGGAGCACGUUCAAUGUCUUUCGUUGGGACCCACGAGUAUUUGGCACCUGAAAUAAUCAAAGGCGAAGGGCAUGGGAGCGCAGUGGACUGGUGGACUUUCGGGAUCUUUCUCUACGAGUUAUUGUUUGGUAAGACGCCAUUCAAAGGAUCAGGAAAUCGAGCUACACUUUUCAAUGUUGUAGGUCAGCCCCUCCGGUUUCCAGAAUCUCCAGUAGUAAGUUUUUCAGCUAGAGAUCUUAUACGAGGCUUGCUUGUGAAAGAGCCACAGCAUCGAUUGGCGUACAAACGAGGAGCUACAGAAAUUAAGCAGCAUCCCUUCUUUGAAGGUGUAAACUGGGCUUUGAUUCGUUGUGCAAGUCCUCCCGAGAUCCCAAGGCCUGUUGAAUUCGAGAGAAUCUCAGCGCCGCCAACAUCGACUAGUGAGAAACCCGUGGCUGUAGCUGUCAGACACCAGCAAAAUUCUGAUAAUUAUCUUGAAUUUGAUUUCUUUUAAUUUUUUUCUUGAAAAGCCGAUUGUCUUCUUUUUGUUAGUGAAACAUACAGAGUUGUACAACAUUUGGAAGAUGUCGAAUCAACAACAGCAACGACAAUGCCACAAGUGGGGUCUAGGAAGGGUAAAGUGUACGCAGACGUUACCCAUACCCGGUGAAGGUAAAGAUGUCGAAUCAAAUCAGGAUCUUUUUCUUUUUUGGUAGUUUGAAGAUUAUAUAUUGUUUGUUGUGCUUAUUAAACAGUUGCCAUUUGUUGUAUGGCAAAUUGUUGUAAGUGCUGUAUGCUACCAACUGAUAAUGUGAAUUUUACAGAUAAUAAGCAGUUCUUAUUUACAUGUUUGUGCAACUGUUGGUUGGAUGUAUUUCAUGAACUAUCAAAAGCAAAAUAUUAUUCUUAGAGGCGAAAA